UUUUGACGUCAUAGAGUGGCGCGUUGUGAGUGUCCUCACUGUUGAUUUGCUUUAAAUGCACUUGUAGCUGCAAAAUGUUGCGUUUCCCCUGAUUCGUUGAUACUUUUAAUUACUGAAAAGGCAACACAAAGCAAUAAAAUGUGGAUACUGACACCGCUGCAGCCUGGAGGUGAGACCCACUAUCUGCUCUCCAGUAAAGACUACGUGGUGGGGCGCAAGAACUGUGAUAUCCUCCUUCCCAAUGACCAGUCCAUCAGCAGGGCUCACGCUCAUUUCACUGCUACCGACCAGACACUGACUCUGAAAGACACCUCCAAGUACGGUACGUCCGUCAACAGCCAGCGCUUGAAAGAGAACACAACAGUGAACCUGAAGUCAGGGGACAAAGUCACAUUUGGGGUUUUUGAUAGCAAAUUCAGCGUGGACCAUCAGAAGCCAGUGGUUUGUUCGUCAUGUUUGGACAACGAUGGCAAGGCCUCGCUCACUCAGGCUCUGUCAGCUUUGGGUGGAAAGCUGGUUAACAGCUGGACUCAGGAGUGCACCCACCUGGUCAUGCCCACUGUUAAAGUCACCAUCAAGACAAUUUGUGCUCUGCUGUGCUGUCGUCCCAUCGUGAAGCCAGAGUUCUUCUCAGAGCUCAGCAAAGCCGCUCGGCAGAAGUUAGCUCCUCCUAAAGCUGAGAGUUUCGUCCCUGAGAUUGAUGAGCCCAGCUUGAGUAAAAAGGAUGUUAACGUUGGAGCGAUUCCAGCUCGUAAACAGCUUUUCUCUGGAAAGACCUUCGUAUUCCUUGGUGCCAAACAGCUGAAGCGUCUGAGUGCAGCAGUGGGUUUUGGAGGUGGCAGGAGUCAGCUGCUGGAGGAGGGCUCUCUGCCCCGGGACCUGCUGGAGUCUCCACAGAGCUGUGUGAUCGAUGUAACAACAGGCAGCUCCCAAGCCUUGCUUCCCUCUUCCACCGCAGAGUGGGCAAAGUCCGUGCAGAACAUUGUUCAAAGAAAGGGCCUUCGAGUAAUCACAGAGUCUGAGAUUGGUUUGGCUGCCAUCUAUGCUUCAUGUGACCAUUACUGCAAUCCAUCCAGUUCAACAGCAGACUCACAGUCGGCACCCAAAGUGAAUCCCAGAAUACCGAGUGCUUCGCUGUCAGAGAGUCUGGCGGUUAACGAGACAGCUCUACCUGCAGCAUCUCAGAACAUCACAGCUUACGCUGUCAACACGGAGCAGUCGCAGGGGACAGAGCUGAGGGAAGUCUCAGGGAUGACGGCGGUAGGGGAGACUCCUGAGAAGAAGCAAAACCAGACCACCAGUCAGCUUCGUGGACCCAAACCUGAGGCUCAGAAGACGGCCGCUCAGUGCGUCGUGGCCGAUACAAUGAGGUCAUCGUUCAACACUGUAGAGAACACCGACUCUGAGAGGAGGAAUACAGCGUCCAGACUGGCAGCUUCAGGUGGAGGCAGUAAUGGUUUGAGGUCCCAGCCACCAUUUCGCACAACCAAUGGUGGCCCAAAAACGUUCCCAUGGAAGCAGCCGUCUCCUCAGAAACCGAGGGCCUCGCCACAAGCUUCCCCUCAGAAACAGUCAACUCUGACCAAUUUCUUUCAACCAGUCAACAAGAAACGGCCUUUGGACGACGACCCCUUUGCUGUCAUGUCUGAGCCAAAACGGCCUCUGCUUGAAUCAUCCAUCAGCGAACAGGCACUGAACACCUCAGCCACGUUUAAAGACAAAAACUUGCAUCCAGACAGAGUCCCUGCAGCAACAUCCCAGACUCCACUGGGCUCAGCAGUCGAUCUUUUUGAGCGACGGUCUGAGGCUAAGUCAGACAGGGUCUCCCACCCUGUCCAGGAGGAGCAACGGAGCAGAAAGAGGAAGGAGAUGGAAGCAGAGAUUCAGAUUGAUGAACUGGAGUCCAUCAUGUCUGAGGAUUUUGACUGCUUUGAUGAGCAGCCCUCAGAUUAUAAAGCACAGCCAAUAAAACAAGGUUUAAGUAAUGUGGAAGCAUCGUCUUCAAGCAAGAGGCAGCGGGUCCAACUAGAAGAAAAUGUGACCAACAAAUGGUCACAGGUGGGCCUGGAAAAAGAGUCGACUUCCCAUAGGAACCAAAGCAAAACAUCUGUACAGCACGUUGUCUCCGUCAAGAAAGAGCCGGAGAAUGAUUUGGAAUAUGGGUCAACUUACAGUGAGUCCAGCAAACGUCCACAAGUGUCAUCUGCCAGCAGGAGUAAAAACCUCGAUCCAUUUGAGGAUGACGAGGAUUUAGAACUACUAGAAGUAGAUAUUUGCCAGCCUAAAGAAGAGACUAAGACCCCUCUGAAGCCCGUCAAAAUCAAGCAGGAGGUCCAGGAGUCAAAUAUUGAUGAAGACCUUCCUCAGAAGCUGGUGACAGUGGAGUUUCGAUCUCUCACUGUGACUGCUGCUCCCAAAGCCAAAACACAGAACAUCAGCAACGGGAAGAACUUCAAGUGUUUCCGCAAGCUCUCCGUUCCAGGUGCAAGAGGCUCAGUCGUCAUAGGAGGGUCGGCUCUGCUGGUUCACAACAGGGGCAAGAACUCUGAUCUGGAUGAAUGGCUGAAAGAUGCGGUGGAGGCGGAGCGUCAGAGCAAGAGGGAUGAAGCUGUAGGAGAUGACCUCUUUAGGUACAACCCCACCAAAGUAAUCAAGAGAAGAUGAAAUGCCUCCAUCUUGGCGUAUGUAGUACGUCAAACUCCAUCUACAACAUACGGCUACAGAAGUCAUUUUGACAAUUGAUCAGUUUUGAUGCCUGUAUUUCAAUUUUUUUAUGUUAAUGACUGAAAGCUAACUGCUUAAAAUCAAAAAUGUUUGUCAGUGUUUUGUUCUGCUGUUCUUUCUUGUUCGGUCUGUAAAUGUCUUCAUGCUCUCUACGCUAACUAAGCCACUGACAGUAAGCAAUGUAACAAAGCAGUCAUGUGUUCAGAAAUGUUUCUUAAAGUUUUUAUUUGUCAAUAAUAAAAAAAAUGCGGCAUACAAAA